GUGGGGUGGCUGCUUGUAGUGGGAACGGGUUCGGCGCAGGGAUCGGCGCGGACGUGUGCGGGGCGAGGAUCGCCCUCGCCAACCCGCUGGGCUGGGCACGCACGCGGAGGCGGAGGUGGUCUGCGGGGCGUGAUGGCGGCCGUCCCGGGGCCCCGGGCUCCCCAGGUUCAGGGCCUCGUGACCUUCGAGGACGUGGCCGUUUGCUUCUCCCAGGAAGAGUGGGGGAUCCUGGGUGAGGCCCAGAAACUCCUGUACCUGGAUGUGAUGCUGGAGACCUUUGUGCUCACCACCUCAGUGCUUUGUUGGCAUGAAAUGAAGAAUGAAGAGACAUCUUCUCUACAGUUCAUUUCUGUAGAAGAGCCGUCAGUGGUCAGGACUCCAAAGGCAGGGCCAUCCACAUUGAAGAUGCACCUCUGUGACAGCUUUGCCCCAGUCCUGAAAGACAUUUUGCAUCUGGAUGAUCUACCUGGAUAUGAGCCGUAUUUUAUGGGGGCCCAUGCACACUAUCACCAGGACCAAAGGCAUCAAACCAGUGAGAAUCUGUUAAGAAGAGAUGUGGAUAGCUGCUUGACGAACAGCGUGGACCGAGUGUCGGAGAGCCCCUCCCUCUGCAGGGAAUUUGGAAGGGACUUCUCAGCCAGAUGGGGCGCUCUCGAACCUCAGGCCAUUUCCAGAAUCACCAAGUGCGGGGAGGCACUCCACUGCAGAGAAAGUCGCCACCAGUCAGAUGAACACAGAAGAGCUUCCAGCCCCAAAUGGCCAAGUGUUCAGCAGCUCACAGACUGCAGCUUUGAAUCUAGCAAAUGUGGAAAAGCUUUCCAAGGUGCACACUGGCCUGGGUCACCCCAGAAGAGCCUCACAGGACAGAGGCACCAUCAGCGCAGCCAGUGCACCAAGUCCUUUCCCCAGCAAGCUUCUCUCGUCACCCACCAGAGACUUCACUCUGUGGAAAAACGGUACAAGUGUGGUGAGUGCGGGAAGUCCUUCAACCAGAGCUCCAACCUCAUCGAGCACUGCCGAACCCACAGGGAAGAAAAGCCCUAUGAGUGUGGGGAGUGUGGGAAAGCCUUUGGGUGCAAGUCCAAUCUUCUUCGACACCAGAGGACCCACACAGGAGAAUGGCCCUAUGAGUGUGCUGACUGUGGGAAAUUGUUUAGGCAAAUCUUCAGCCUUGUUAAGCACAAGAAAAUCCACACUACUGCAAGGCCUUAUGAUUGUGGCCAGUGUGAGAAAUCGUUUAGUCAAAAGGCCACUCUCGUUAUACAUCAGAGAGUUCACACGGGAGAAAGGCCUUACACGUGUGGAGAAUGUGGGAAAUCUUUCAGCCAGAGCUCCAACCUCAUUCAGCACUGCAGAAUUCAUACUGGGGAAAGGCCUUAUGAGUGUGGGGAAUGUGGCAAAUCCUUCAGCCAGAGAGCCACCCUCAUGAGACACCAGAGAACUCACACCGGGGAGAGGCCUUAUGAGUGCAGGGAGUGUGGGAAGUUCUUUAAACAGUACUUCUACUUCAUUGAACACUGUAGGAGUCACACUGCAAUGAAGAUUUAUGAGUGUGGCCAGUGUGGGAAAUCCUUUAGCCAAAGAGCCACACUCAUUAGACACCAGAGAGUUCAUACCGGGGAAAGCUCUUAUGAGUGUGGGGAGUGUGGAAAAGCCUUUGAGUACAAAUCCAAACUUGAUCGACACCAAAGGACUCACAGUGGAGAAAGACCCUAUGAGUGUAUGCAGUGUGGGAAGUUCUUCAGGCAAAGCUACAGCCUUCUUGAACACCAGAGAAUUCACACUAGAGUAAGGCCCUACAUGUGUGACCAGUGUGGGAAAUCAUUUAGCCGAAGAGCAGACUUCAUUAAGCACCAGACAGUUCACACGGGAGAGAGGCCUUACAAGUGCGGUGAAUGUGGGAAGGCCUUUAAUCGAAGCACCAGCCUUACUCAGCAUUGCAGAAUUCACACGGGAGAAAGGCCAUAUGAAUGUGAGCAGUGUGGAAAAUCCUUUAGGCAGAAGUCUGACCUCCUCCAACAUCAGGUGGUGCACACUGGAGAGAGGCCUUACGAAUGCAGCAAAUGUGGGAAGUCUUUCAGCCAACGUUCUAGCUUCUUUCAACACCAAAAGAGUCACACCAUGGAGAGACUCAGGAAGGCAGUACACCUGGGAAAGGCCUCAGCCUGAGGUCUAACACCACCUAGCUUCCAGAAGCCCAUAUUUGAGAAAGGCUUUAGACCUGCCAGGAAUGGGCUGUCUCCUCCGCUCACUGUAACAGACCUAGAGAGCCUUUGUGAGGGCUCCUCUGCCCCUGGAUGAGCAUCCCAAGAGCUCUGGGCAGGAGGGAGGUUUGCAGGCGCCGCCCUGCAGUGUAGAAGUUACAGUACUUCCAGCUCUGCUGUCACGGAAAGCUGUCUACCUUCCCUCUAACAGAAUGCUCUGUGUGCACACGCCCACCACAUGCUGCAUUCGCCCCUUCCCUGUGCCUUCUGAGCCACUCUGUUCCCUGUCCAACUGCUUUGGAGGACUGGGUCUGGAUCUAGCUGGAGGCUUGUGGGCACCAGUCUCACCUCCCUGUGAGUGGUGUUUGUGCUCAGCAAGUCACACAAAGCACUAGCUUCAUGUCUCGAAGGCUCUGGUUUAUGCACUAAUUAUGAUCAUGCACCACCCUGGGUGGGUAGAAUGCUAGCACUGUGCCUGUGUGUAUGGAAGGGUGAACAAUUUCAUGAGUCCCCUCGUUGAUGGACUUCAUUCACCACCUGUCAGCAGACACUGGCUUUCACUGGGGCUUGCUCAAUUUGCCUUGCUGCCCAGUAUCUCCAGUGGAAUAAAAC